AUAAAUAUGGAGUAUUAACAAUUUUUAGCACGAAUCACGGCAACCCCUAUAAAUUCACUCGCCAUGCCUCAGACGUUACUCCGCAGCAUCAAGCAGCUAGCCAUACCUCGUCUCUCUCAUCUCACUCCUCUGUUUCUUUCCCGUCGACCACAGAGUGACAUUGAGGUUGCAAUCCAGCUAGAAGGCCAUCCUACAGUCUGCAGCAUUGCAAUGGACGCCACAAAGACAGCAGCCAAGGCUGUGGCGGCAGGAAACGGCGACGCAGACGCCGCUCCGUCGACCCGGCGGACGGCGGCGCCGAAGCAAGUACCUCGGCAGGAGGAGCCGCUGCCAGGAGACACCGCGGCUGCGGCCGACCCGGCGCCGGCGACGGCAACGACGAGCGCUACUGUCGCGGAGAGCGGCGUGGAGGACGAGCAGGUGGAGAGGUUCUACGCGCUGCUGGCCAACAUCCGGGCCAUGAGGGGCAUGAACGAGAGCGGGGGCGACGACGCCAGCGCGAGCACGGAGGGUGCCAGCGAGGUCUGCGGCGGCGGGAGGAAGCGCGCGCGCUGGGCAGAGCCGCCGUGGAGGCCGGCGUUCAGGAUGGAGGACUUCGAGGACGCCAGCGCGUCCAAGAAGGACAUGAAUUACGACGGUGCCGCCAGCCAUCGGCGGCCGGGCAAGGAGACCAAGGACGAAGCGGAGGACGACGUGGCACGGAAUGGCCGUGGAGUCGUCACGCCGUCGUCAGAGAGGAAAGUUUGACUCUCUGUCGCCGUGUCGCUGAUACUGGCUGCGCGAAACACGUGUGGUCACGUGUUCUCCGUGGGGCGCGUCGGUGGGUCGUGGAGGAAAGCUCCAUGCUUGCCAAAAUGCCAUGUCCAUCGACACAUUUUAUUUUAUUUUAGCAUCAGUACAAACACAAGCGUUCAUAUACACGCGCAUACACUCAUUCCUAUGAACGCACACACGCACACCCUAUUCUUAUGAGCACAUUCGAAAGACUGAGCCGACAUAUCAUCUUGAGAUUUACGAAGUCACCGUAGGUGCCUCGUCGUCGACGGAAACGUCUCCUCCCACUGAAAGCGCAUCGCCGGAAAUUCUGAAAUAAAUUCAGAAAUAAUGCGAGCACCAGGAUUCGAACCCUGGUGGGUUGGGGAUACCACUGUCCACCUAACCAACUCAACCACAGGUUGAUUCGCAUCGACACAUUUUACCUGCUGUUGAAAAUAAUUUUAUAAAUGUUUAAGCCCACGGGUACAUGGACGCAUGUGCGAUUCUUUCCGGAAUAAAACUUGCCCUGGUUCACCAGCAAAGCUAAAAUCUUUAUACUGCACGCAGAA